AUCAAAUGACGUCUCAGCGACAGACAAAGUAACGUUAGUUAUUUUCUUCAGAUAUAUAUAUACAUAUAUAUAUAUAAUGCCUGUUCUAUUUAGACAGCCUAUAUGUUCGAUAGAAAAAAAAUAUAUGCAUGGGCAGAAUGCUUAGGCUAACGCAAAUAAGCUAAUGACGCAUGCGUGGUGGUGGUUAAGACUUGGCAAAACAAUUCCAUAAAGCGUCCAGAUACUCCUGAUAACUGCUUUGUGUGACUUUUCGUCCAUUGCCUUAGCGGUCUUUGGUAUACAUUACACACACAGAGAAACCAAAGAGAGCAUGGCGGCAGAAAAACUCAAGAAAGAAGACACUCUCGCAAUGAGGAAGCGACUGAUCGGGCAGUCAUGUAGACUCUUUUAUUCAGACGACCCUGUGAAAAUAGUAAGAGCAAGAGGACAAUAUCUAUUCGAUGAGAAUGGCCUGCGCUAUUUGGACUGUAUCAGUAACGUUCAUCACGUGGGCCAUUGUCACCCCAGCAUUACAAAGGCUGCGGCAGCACAAAUGGAAAUCCUGAACACAAAUGCACGAUUUCUACACGACAACAUAGUCGUGUAUGCAGAGCGCCUGUCUGCUACCUUGCCUGAGAAACUGUGCGUCUUCUACUUUGUUAACUCUGGUUCAGAGGCCAAUGAUCUUGCCCUACGCUUGGCACAGCAGUACACCCAACAUGAGGAUGUCAUUGUGCUUGACCAUGCAUACCAUGGGCAUCUCAAGUCGCUCAUUGACAUUAGUCCUUACAAGUUCCGGAAACUGGCAGGACAGAAAGAAUGGGUUCAUGUGGCUCCCUUACCAGACACAUACAGAGGAAUAUACAGAGAGAAUCACCCCAACCCAGGCCAAGCAUACGCUGAUACAGUAAAAGACCUAAUAGAGGAAGUGCACAGGAAAGGGCGUAAGAUAUCUGCCUUCUUUGCUGAGUCAUUGCCAAGUGUUGGAGGACAAAUCAUCUUGCCCCAGGGAUACUCAACUAAAGUUGCAGAAUAUGUGCAUUCAGCUGGUGGCGUGUUUGUGGCAGACGAGGUGCAGACAGGCUUUGGACGUGUGGGAAGUCACUUCUGGGGUUUCCAGCUUCAGGGGGAGGGUUUUUGUCCCGACAUAGUGACCAUGGGCAAACCAAUGGGAAACGGGCAUCCACUUGCAUGUGUGGCAACCACUGUAGAGAUAGCUGGAGCUUUCACAGCCAACGGAGUGGAGUACUUCAAUACGUUCGGAGGGAAUCCAGUGUCCUGUGCAAUUGGCCUGGCAGUUCUUGAUGUGAUAGAGAAAGAGGACCUAAGAGGAAACGCCACAAGGGUGGGAGCACAUCUUAAAGAUUUGCUCACAAAGCUGCAAUCACGACAUGAUGUAAUUGGCGAUGUCAGAGGUGCAGGACUGUUUGUUGGUCUUGAGCUGGUUACAGACAGAGAAAAGAGGACUCCUGCCACAGAAACAGCAGCAUGGGUCGUAAAGAGGUUGAAAGAGGAUGAUAAAAUAUGCGUCAGCACAGAUGGCCCCUGGGAAAAUAUCAUUAAGUUUAAACCUCCUAUGUGCUUUACUAUGGAGGACACAGAACUGGUGGUAAAAUGUAUUGACCGCAUCCUCACAGACAUGGAAGUCAGUGACCUUAAACUGGAAAAGGACGACAUCUAAGGUGUUCACUACCAUUGUAUGGUAUCACUUUAGGAAAAUAAGAUCCAGUCACCUCGAUGAUGAAUCAGCCAAUUGGAGGCACAUCUAAUGUGAAGUGGUGCCAGCUACAGCACAUUGCUACGCAGGAGAACUAAUAUACAAGAUAAUACUGCAAAUGUGACACUUGACUUCCAUAAAAAAAAAAAAAAUUUAAAUCAAAUAAACACUUGAUUUUUUUAAAGCCUGGCUCUUGUGUUUCCAGCAGCAAUAUAGAAAGUGAUCCCAAUUUACAACACUGAUCAGCAACAUGUUCUCAAUACACAGUAUGGUUGGGAUAAGCACUUACCAGACCACUAUCUUUAAUUCCGACACAUUCUUUAAAAAUGCUCAAGUAUGGCAGUUUCACAUCUAGUGGGGUGGGUAUUAACAAUCAGCCAGUUAUCCUGCAGGUAGUGAAGCCCUUUCCCAUAGCUUACCAAAGAGGCAUCCGUAGCGAUGUUAACAUUACUCAAGACAAAACAAGCAAGCCAUUUAACAGUACAAAACAUUUAACAUUAACUUUAACAAAUAAUAACAAAAAGAUCCAUGUGUAAUAUAAACCAAAAGUUUAUUUCUACCAAUUUGCCCAAGACACUAGAGGAAUGAGUUUCCAGUGAGAGAGGGAGUACCCUCGUACAUUAACAGGCUUGCGUUCAGUUGAAUAACACUAGUAAAGCCACUUAAAAUUGCAAACAUGAUGGGGGAAGAAUCUCCUUAAAAGCCAAAAAAAAAAAAAAAAA